GAACUGCAAGCAAGCGAAAUAAAGCUUUACAAUAAAUUAAUAAACGAUGAUGUUUACAGUAAACAAUACAUAGAACUCCUGGUAAAAAAUGGUUUGCUUAAAUUUGAUAAGGAAAAUCAAGAAAUUGUGGAAAUAUUUCGGAUAAUCAAAAAUAAAGAAAAUUUGAUAUUCCAUACAAACUUGGUUAAUUUGGACCACAAUGAUCGAGGGCAGCUAUUAACAAUGCAUAAUGAAGAAAACGAAGGUACACAUUCAAAAUUCGGAUCGGAGGAAUACGUGACAAAAAUUGACAGAAGUUGCGAUUUCUGGAGCGAUUCAGCAACAUCGUUCAUGUUGGACAAAUUAGAAUCAUACUUGGCCAAUAUUGGUCCCAUGAAAAGAUUUAAAACAAAAAAACAAAUGUGGCUACAAAUAUCAAAAGAUAUGGCAGAAAUGUUGAAUGUUUCGAAAACUCCGACACAAAUUGAGAACCGAUACAAAACUGUUCUUAAGAGGAAAAAAAAGGCAAUAGAGAAUAACAGUAAAUCUGGCAGUUCCAGAGAGGAAGUACAGAUGGUCAGAAAGAGCAAUGUGACCCAGCGUGGCACUGAGUCGAUGAAGUGCUAUAACUGUAAUCAGUUAGGUCACAUGUCGUCGAGGUGCCCAUUUGCAGAGCAAGGUUGGUCAUUCUGUUAUUACUGCAACAAGAUGGCGCAGCACAAGGGACCCAAUUGUCCUAAAAGAACAUCUGACGGCGUUGGAAAUUCCAGAAGUAAGACCAACGUUCUUAAAAAUAAAAAUACAGAGGCUAAAGGGAAAACAGAGAAAGAGGCAAAGGGUUACACCGGAGCGAAGGGAGGAAGGGUUGAAAAAUCGAAGAAGUCACAGAACUCCAAGAAACUCAAUCGGUUCAAAAAGGACAAUAGAUCACAACAAGAGAAAGCCGAUUCAGGUGCCACGGAACAUAUAGUCAAGAGCAAUCUGAUUCUCAGAGAAUUUAAGAGAACUGAAAAAGGUGUAAUUCGGAGUGCAAAUAAAGACAGAAAAGCCGAUAUAAAAAUAGAUGGUAAAGGUGAUCUUUACAUUCAUGCAGAGAAUUCAGAGUUGAAUAAAAUCAGAUUGACUAAUGUUCUGGCAGCAGAAGAGAUUUCAGAGAACUUAAUAUCGUUAAGAAAAUUUGCAGAGGCAG